CACACAGUAGCUCAGUUAACAAAGUAUACAAAAUACUCUUCUCCUCUUGAACCACUGAACAUGAAAUGAUGAAUUCAUAAAUCGAAUUUGACUUGGUAUUUCAUGCAAUAACACCAAUUACUUUUCCAGUGUUUGUGCAAAACCGUUUGAGGGUCAACUGUGCGGGCUUUUAUUCUGAAGGGUCCAAAGCGGAAGUGCUGCUGGUGGAAACUGGCGAGUACACUGUCGCUUGUCAGCCGCCACCAGGUGAUGUGUGGGUUGUCAACAAACACAACUUUUUGCCGAAGACGGGACUAAAUUUGAGCCAAAAACAUGACCACAGACUCAACACUCCUCAAUUCGGAGAUGGAGUUACAGCAGCAGGAAGACUUGUAUCAACAGCUGUUGUCACAGACAGUAGGAAGCCUGCAGGCAGAGAAUCCAGACUCCAAAGUGAUCCGACCGCAACCUGGAAUAUGUGUAAAGACGGUGUCGGAAAAGGACAAACAGAAGGUCUUUGUCAACAUCUGUCAGUCGAACUUAGUUCCUCCCCCACCGGAACUGUCCAAAGAGGAGCUGGUGGAGUUGCUCCAAUCGGAAGAUCCCAGUGGUUACAGAGUUCCCAUGAGUCUCGGGGAGCCACACGCCGAGGUAGACAACAAUUCUCAGGGGUGCACGGCUUAUGACGUGGUCAUUAACCAGGAGUUCUUCCAGAAGUGUCAGGGGGAAGCCUUGUUCCAGCAGUUUGUUAUCAUGGUGUCUUUGGAAGGUCUAGAGAACAAAUACAAUCUCAUGCUUAGUAGAGAAUGGAAGGUGCUGAAGAACAGAAAGUUCUUAGGGUCAGUCAUCGAGCAGAACAUUCGCACCAAAAGCAAGCCAGUUAUAGAAGAGCUCCAAACGCAGGAAAACUCCUCUUCUAUUGCAAAAAGACCAGAGUUCACCUUGUUUGUAGAGCCCCCAGCUGGUGUCCCUGAGUACCUCAUAGCAGAAAUCAAGCUGCCUGGUGUGGUUUCGUCGCGGUCGCUUGUCCUUGAUGUUGGUGAGGAUCGCUUGGUGUUGACAGCCAGACCUUCGCUCUACCAUCUUGAUAUCUUCCAUUCCUUCGUGGUUGACCAGGACAUGAGCGUAGCCCAGUACAACAGUAGCACUCAGGUCCUCACAAUCACCUUGCCCCUAGUGUCAUCUUGAAGUGACAGACAUAAACUUAAGGUAUUUCUUUAAGGUGAAUAUGUUUGAUGAGUUUAUGCACUGUAUAUACUGAAAGGCACAGCACACAUGUUCACGCUAUUAAAAAAAACAAAUACAAUCAUGGGUUUAUUGUGCUGAAAUUGUAAAUAAAAGGCUACAAUUAAUUCAAAAUAGUUUCAUUGUUAUAAUUUACUUAAAGCUGCUUUAUGGCACUGGUAGGUUAGAUGCUUAGAGGGUACUCUCGUUCAGUCAUUGUGACCCGCACUUUUCUGGUUCAAAUCAGGGGGUAAUAGAACAAAAUAGCGGUGUUUGGGGUGAUUAUGGUCUUGCUCACCUGUUUAAACACUGCACGGUGGCCAUUGUGUACAAUUUUAAUGCAAAGAUAUCUCACCUGUGUACAAACAUGAAAAAUAAAAGCCGCUCAAAUCCAACAUUUCAUUCAGCAUACUAAAAAAAAAGUAACCUAAAAAAAUAACACCACAAUAGCUGGUGUUAUGUUGUAAAAAUUGACGUCGGCUUUGAAUAAAAAUGAUUGGUGUUAAUGGCUUGUCAGUCAUGGCUCUCUAUGCACAUUCACAAAAGAGAUCUUUGAAAAGUAAAUGAUUUAAAAAUAGAUGCUUUGAUUGUAAUAUACCUGUUGAAACAGUGAAUAAAAUGCUCCUUUGUUGCGAUCCCCGUAGCUGUUACCUAAUCCAAAGCAUUUUGUGUUACGCGUCCCUUUUAACUAGACAAAGAAUAAUUAUGAAAGAGGCAAAAAUAGCGUUUUUUGCAAAAAUGUUGCUUUGAAUGAGUUUUUGCAAAAUUUCUGUUGAUUUUGGGUAUAGACCUUUUAAUUGGAAGUGUAGGUCUUAGUCAGACCUACACAGAGGUUUUUGUUUCAUGUCUCUACGACAUUCCUAACGGAAGUUACAAGCAGUCUGUUUUUUGUCUCUUCCUAGGGGGCGCUAGCUUGCAAUUUUAAUUUUUGGGGUUUGGUUGCUUAAUAAGUUGGUCUGCCGCUCCAUACCGAUGUGGGAGGAACUAAGUUCGAUUAUGAUUACACCCCAAGCGGGAAUCAUACGGCUAGACAUCCUGGAAUAUAUUGUUCCACAUCUUAAAAUGUUUUGCAGACCACCACUUGCAUAUUUCAGGAACUAGGAGGGUUUUUGUAAAGGUUGAACAAGAACAGGAGUCCAUGAUUAUUUCCCUGGUUUUACUAAUGUCCUUUCACCAGGCCUCUGUACCCCGCUUCUGUCAAAUAGUCCAAGAUACAGGCUGUGAGGCAGGGGCAACCCCCAUAUUUACAAGUUUUCCCUUGAACAAUAGAAUAGAAUAUAACUCUAUUUUCAUUGCACUUUAAAAACACAACAAAAUUAGUUUUCUGUCGUUGUGACGUUGGUUUUUCUGAUGGAAAAAACUAAAUAACGUGUCUAUAUAUAUAUAUAUAUAUAUAUAUAUAUAUAUAUAUAAUUCUAAAUAUACUUUAACUUAUAAAUUUACAACAGUGGUUCUUAACCUCGUUGGAGGUACCGAACCCCACCAGUUUCAUAUGCACAUUCACCGAACCCUUCUUUAGUGAAAAAAAAAUUAUACAUUUUCAAAUACAAGACAAAGUUAUAUAUUUUUUGUACUGGUGCAAAAAAUGAUCCAUGCAUGACCAUCACCUUGUUAAAAGAACAAAACCAACACAGUACAUGAACUCACAAAAAAUUAGACACCUGAAAAUCAGUGUGACUUCUGCUGUUGCAGUAUCCAUAAUACGCCGAUAGGGAGAAGUUUUUAUUUACACGAUGAGUCAGGUGUAUUUUGACCUCCACCGAACCCCUGAGGCCGGCUCAUCGAACCCCUAGGGUUCGAUCGAACCCAGGUUAAGAACCACUGAUUUACAAUACAACAUGCUUUCAUUUUGUGAAAGUAUGCUUUUGCAGCCGUAUUUGUUGCACUCUGCUGCUACAUUCCUGCAAUGUUUUGUGACCUGCAGGCACUCUUAACAAUCACCCGACGGCGCAAUAAACGUAAAAAAAUACACAGUACGUCCAAAAAAUCUCUUAUUACCCUCAUUUUGCCAAAAUCUUCAUUAGCUUAAGACCAACAAUCACAGAGAAAUAAUGACUCGUGUGAAUUAUGUCAACUCUAGUAUCUGCCUCCAAUGUAUUUGUAAUCACUGUAUGUAGCACUCAUUAUGUAUUACUCUUAACUCAUCUUUCUUUUUGACUUAACAAGUGACAAAAAAUUGUACUUUUGUAGUUAUUUCUACACAAUAACUCCGGUAUGGUAACACUGGUGCGCACUACAAAAAAUUGAGUGAUUUGUGGUCCAGAAGAUAUUUUGCUUUAUUCAUUAUUGACGUAUUUCUUGCCACUUUGUUGUACAUUUUUUCAUGAGAUUUUAAGUAAAUUUUAUCAUUUAUUAUUACACUCAAAAUUAGGUUUAUUUUAUUUAUUCAAUGUCCAUUUAUUUGUAUUUGUGUUGACUUUCUUUUGUACUAUUACUAAAUUGCAUGAUUUUAGUUUUACUGAGUUUCAAAGAGUCUUUUUUUUGUCAAACCAUCUCUUAAAUUUAUUUUUUUCUUCUAAUUUUAUUUGUAUUAGAUUCUGUGUGUUCUCUCCUGAACAAAACACAGGCGUUGUAUCGUAUUUAUGUGUGUGUUUUUAUGUAUGUAUGUAUAUAUGUAUGUAUGUAUACGCUCAGUGAUUUCCAGCAUGAAACUGUUAUAUGAUGCCAACUGUGCAACAAAUCCAGUCAUGAAAUUUCCUCGGUCAUAAAUAUUCCAAAGUCAA